UCAGAGGGUUGGUUUGUUUACUCCUCUCUUCCUCGUGCCCGUGGGCGGGCGAAGAGACUCUGACUGUAAACUACACCCCAGCUGGCAUGCACUUCUCCAAAGUCCUGAGUGCAUUUCUUCCAGAGAAUGUGUUCUAUCGAGGUGAAGGGCAAGUAAUUAGGGACGGAAAUACUGUUUUGGACAGUAACGACCAAGAUGACGCACUCAUUAGCUACAUAUUUGUUAUUUUUACAUCUUUGUAAUUUGGCUAUGGGGAACGUUGAUCCUUCUCCGAGGAUGAUCUUCACAGAAAAAGAAAAAGCAAUGACACGGUUCAGUCUUCCCCAUGACCCACCUGUACAGAUUCUUUUAGAAGACCAAUCAGACACUGUUUUAACUGCUGGACAAUCAUACCUGAAUACCUACAGCUUUCAAAACCAUAAGACGAGCCACAAGUUUAUGCAGUGGGAGAAAUGCAACAGCAUAAGCAGUGAACAUGUAAGUAAAAUAAACAAAUUUAGUUGGUUAGAUUUGAUUGAUUUAACAGUGGAGGCCCCCAUGUGCCUUCCCUCUGAAAAUAUCGCAAACUUAAUAGAAGGUAUAGAAAGAUUUAACAUAAAGGAGGGUGAACCAUCAGUUUUUAUAGAUUCUGAACAGAGUGCAGCUUUCUACAUAACACACUCUGGAUUUGAUGAAUCUGUUGGUAUUCAGAAAUUUGGUAAAGCAAUAGUGCUGCCAAAGAACCACGAUAAAGAACAGCAUUAUGUAGGAUUGGUGCUCAGCAAACGUGAAGAGGAUCCCUCCCAGAACAGAGUUUAUGGCUUCUAUAGGGAGAAAAGCAAAGACAAUGGACUGUUCAGUGAAAUGUGGCUCCCCUUUGUGACCCAGGUUUGCAUGACAGAUGUUGGUGGUCCCAAGAACAAUUUGCAGUUUACCUGGACAUCCCAGAUGAAUGCCAGGCUCUUCUGUGGAGAUCGUAACAGAAAACAGCAUUUCUCUGAAUUGGUGGAUGUUUCCACUGUGGAUGCAGAUCGAUGGCAGGAUACAAAGAUUUAUGCACUCUUUAGAAAUGAGUGCUGCCAGGACUGUAUGUUAUCCAGAGAUCCUUACUGUGGCUGGGAUGGCACCCAGUGCAUACGUGACACAAAUGGGAUAUGGCAUGAUGCAGCCACUGGGAACCUAGCCAUCUGUCAAGAACAUGCUGAAAAAGAAUUUCCAAAUCCAGAAAAAGAUGUUGUCAGAUUUCACGCAAAGCAUUUUCUGCGAUGCCCAGUAUCAUCCCGUCAUGCUCAGUACAGUUGGCAGCACCUUCAAAACUCCGCAUCUUGCAUCGGGAAGCCAGAUCAUUGCCUUUAUUUGAUCAACAGCAUGGGACCUGAGCAGGAAGGAACUCAUACCUGUGUAUCAGAGGAAAUGGGUUACAGGAAAGUCCUGGCGCAGUACCAACUACAGCUGGGGAACAAGGUGGUUGGUUUACAGUCAAAGCCAAUCAUCUGGGUUUGUCUCAUGGUGGUUCUGAUUCAGAUGUUGUGAUGUUAGUUCCUCAGAGUUGUGAUACUAUAAAAACAAUUCAUUAUUCUUUAAUUUAUUUUUAUAUUUUUUAACUCAAAUAAAACUCUAUUACUUCUAAUACUAUGAGCUGCAGCUCAGGAUGUAGAGCGAGCCAUUAUUGUAGAGUUUUGAUAUCUGGUUUUGCAAAUGUGUGGCUGUAGCUCAGGUGGCAGAGCAGAUCAGCCACUAGGUUAACCAGAAGGUUGGUGGUUCGAUCCCAGGCU